AAAAAAAAAAACCAGCCAUUACUAUAUAUCCAUCCACCCUGCUUACUCUGAAACAGAAAAGCGCCAUCUCUUUCUUUCUUUCUUAAACGGAGUCGUUUCUUUUAUCAAUGGAGGUUGUGGAUACUCAAGCUUUGUCAAACUUCGAUCUCCAGUCGAAGUCUCCGUUCUCUUACAUGAGCAUUUCCGCUUCCGACUCCCGUUCUCCUCUGAGUUCCGAGUUUUCCGACGAGGUUGUGAGUGGAACCAUGGACGCGCCGCCGGACUCGUCUUCUCAGUCGAGUGCUGCGGCAGCCGUGAAGCUUCAGAAAGUUUACAGGAGUUAUCGCACACGGCGGAGGCUGGCUGAUUCGGCUGUUGUAGCGGAAGAGUUGUGGUGGCAAGCGAUAGAUUAUGCGAGGCUGAAUCAUAGUACGGUGUCGUUUUUUAAUUUCUCGAAAUCAGAAAGUGCGGCUUCGAGAUGGAAUCGAGUUUUCUUGAAUGCUUCUAAGGUAGGAAAGGGCUUGUCCAAAGAUUCUAAGGCUCAAAAAUUGGCGUUUCAGCAUUGGAUUGAAGCUAUCGAUCCGCGGCAUCGAUAUGGGCAUAGUUUGCAUAUGUAUUAUGAAGAAUGGUGUAAAGCUGAUGCUUGUCAACCAUUUUUCUACUGGUUAGAUGUAGGAGAUGGCAAGGGCCUUGAUCUCAAAGAGUGCCCAAGAUCAAAGCUUCGUCAACAGUGCAUUAAAUAUCUGGGACCUAAAGAGAGGGAACAUUAUGAAUACAUUGUUGUCCAAGGGAAGAUUAUUCACAAACAAACUGGAGAUCUCCUUGACAUGAAUAAAGGACCACAGGGGGCCAAGUGGAUAUUCGUUAUGAGCACCUCAAAAAGACUUUAUGCUGGUGAGAAAAAGAAAGGAAUGUUCCAUCAUUCAAGUUUCUUGGCAGGAGGAGCUACUAUAGCUGCUGGAAGGCUUGUGGCAGAGCUUGGAAUUCUGAAGUCAAUCUCUGCAUAUAGUGGGCAUUACCGGCCAACAGAUGACAGGCUUGAUAUCUUUUUAUCCUUUCUCAAGGAAAAUGGAGUGAACAUUGAUGAAGUUGAGAUACACAAGGCAAGUGAAGAUUAUUCUGAUAGCUAUAGUGAUAGUAAAUCUGUCAAAGUUGAGACUACAGCUGAAGUGUUCAGUAACUCUGAGCUUGCAAUGGCCAAGGAAAAUCUGUCUUCAGAACAACCAUCUGAAGUUAAACAAACGGAGGGUAAAAGUAAUUAUCAAAGGACUUUAUCUGGAGGUCUUCAGAGCCCGAGGGCUGAGGUGCCUAAAACUGCUAUAUUGCAAAGGAUCAACUCUAAGAAAGCAGCGAACUCGUAUCAAUUAGGAAAUCAGCUCUCGCUUAAGUGGACAACUGGAGCUGGCCCAAGAAUUGGUUGUGUUGCUGACUAUCCUGUGGAAUUGAGUGUGCAGGCCUUGGAGUUUGUUAACCUAUCUCCGAGAACUCCUACUGCACCUCCCUCGCCAUUUCCCUCCAGGUCCAGGCGCAUUACUCCUCUUGCAUCACCGACUACCGCUAAUGCCACAUCGGGUGCAAGUCAUGAGUAUGGUAUGUGAUAUCAGUUA